UUUUGUACUUUCGCUAUAUCAAGCUCAUUAUAUCAAUAUUUCGGUAGUAUGACAGCUCAACUCAUUACACUAGUCAACAAUUGCUUUGUAUGCAACGACGCAUUUUCAACACCCCAAAGAUUGCGUUAUCAUCUCCAAGCACUGCAUGAUAUUACGGUUCCGCCACGUAAAACCGGCCUUAAGUACAAACGCACCGACAACAUCACAUUUGUUACUAUGGACCGGGGACUCAACAUGACAAUGUCAAACAACAACUUGCCUGUCCUUCUUGCUUAUUUUACUGUGAGCAGAAAAGCAAUUUAAAAAAUCAUGUUGAGGACGUUCAUCUUCGCAAGCGAUUCUUUGAUCAUGGCGAGAGUACUCCAGGACCAGUCAAAAAAGGAAAAAUUGUCUUUAUCCCUGGAGAACGACAUUUUUAUACCUUCGCGGCUUCUGACAGACAAUUUGUUCCCAAUUUACCAAAAAUCACGGCGGAUUUAAUCGACAAGCUCAAGGAUAU